UAGUUUCAAUAGUAGCAUUUAAAAUAAAAACAAAUUUAUAGUCAUAAAUAGAUCUAAUUGAAAUACUUAAAUGUUUUAAGCGAUUAAAAUGGGCGGCGGUGACUUGAAUUCCAAGAAAUCAUGGCAUCCGAAUAUUUUGAAAAACCAAGAACGCGUCUGGAAAGCGGAGCAAGCGGUUGCCGAAGAAAAAAAACGUAUCCAAGAACUACAACGUGAGCGCCAAGAAGAGAGAGAGAAGAUGGAGCUCAACAGUCUAGUAAAAAAAAACUUUUCUAAUGCUGACGACACUCGCUUGCACUGGAUGUAUGAAAGGCCUGAAAAAACAGUACAGAAUGAAGAUUAUUUACUUGGAAAAGCUAUUGAUAAAAGUCAUCAAACAGAAAAAUCUGAGACUGAUGCAAUACCAGCAAUCACAAAGCGAGUAGUUGGUUCUAGCAUGCUGACAGCUUCUGAUGAUACACAAGUUGAUGUAGCAAGGAAAUUACGAGAAGAUCCUCUUUUGCUUAUUAAGGAGCGAGAGCGUGCUGCUCGAGCAGCCCUUCUCAAUAAUCCUCUUCAUCGUCGACGAAUUGCUGAAUUGUUACGAAAGGAACAAGAUUCGAAAAAAGAGAAACAUAAAAAAAAUAAAAGCAAAAGUCAAGAUCUUGAUGCUAAGCUUGCUGCUAAACUAAACGCACUGGGUGGAGAUAAAAACGUUGACUUGGCUUCCUUACUCGAGUCAAGUGAUUCUUCUUCUGAUUCGUCUGCUAAAAAAGAAAUUAAAAAAAAGAAGAAAAAGAAAAAAGAAAAAAUUAAGCAGAAAAAACAAAAGAAAAAGGAAAAGAGUGAAUUUGAAGAAUCUGAUGACAGUUCCGUAAAUGAAAGAAAACACCAUAAAAAGAGCGACGGUAAAUCACGAGAACAUAGUAGUAACUCCAAAUCAUUAACACACGAAAAAAAUAAAAUUCAAGAUUAUCAUUCUACAAAAGUGCUCAAACGAAACAGUGACCAGGAUCUCAGUCAAUCAAAUACAUUGGCUAAACGCAGUAGGAAUGAUGAGAGUCGAGAGCGAAGACGAUCUAAUUCACACAGUAGGACGCAUCGGCAUCGGAGGUCUGAAGAAAGCAAUCACAAUUCUUACCGUAAAAAUACACAGCAUACACAAGAUAAAAACAAACAUGAGACUAAAAACUCUAGAACAAAACUCAGUGAUCAAGAACGCGCUGCUAAGCUGGCCGAAAUGGCGGCGGCUGGUGCACAACGAGAAAUUGAGCGGGGCAAACGGGUUGCUGAUCAGCGCGUUGCUGAUGAACAGGUUCCACAAAGCCAUCGAGGUUCUCGGCGGAAUGAAGCGCGUGUUCUUCCUGAUUCUAUUGAAACCAGGAUACACUCGAAUAGACAUUACAUACAGAGAGGCAGUAGACAUAUGGAUGAACAUUUUGCGCGGAGGUAGUAGAAGAAGUGAAGUGAGAAUUUCAAUUAAAUAAAACAAUAUCAAAUUUUAUUUAUCCUUAUAAAUAUAGAUACACAUUAUAUUUUAGUUGGAAAAGGUUGCUCAUUAAUCUUCUGUACCCAGCAGAAUUUAGUCUAGAGGUAUUUUUUCUUUCACGAUCUGAAAAAAACAUGGUUAAGUUAUUUACAUAUUACGAGGAGAAAUAAUGGUAAAAUAUUCCCUAACUAUUUAAUAAGUCGAUAAUGAAUGAAUCUUAUAUCAGGAAAAUUUUCAUUUAUUGUUAUCAAAUAAAUGUAACUGAAAGCGUACUUUUAUAACUACACAGCAAAACAAUAUAUUUAUCAAGAUAAUAAUAUAUCGUCUCUGGUAUAACACGGUUAAUUCAUAUCGCGCUGUAGCGAAACUGUCCACCAUCAUUUUGUUGUUUAAUUAAACAUAGGCUCAAUAUAUUAUGUACAAUAUAAUAAAAAAAUUGAUAAAUCUAGAC